AAUAAAACAAGAUGAACCAGAAACCUGGAGAAUAAAACACGAGGAACAAGGAGGCCUGAUGAAAAUGAAAGAAGAAAGACAAGAUCUGAUUGAGGUGGAUGAGAAAUAUCCGGAUCAGAAAGAUCAUGAUGUCAAUGAAGAAAAAUCUGUGAGUUGCAGCAUUAAAACAACAGAAGUCAAGAGGCCUUUCAGCUGCUCUCAGUGUGGAAAGAGUUUCACAUUGAAAACAAGCCUUACUAGGCACAUGUUAACUCAUGCUGGGAUGAACUCUUUCAGCUGCUCUCAGUGUGGAAAGAGUUUUAGACUGAAAUCAUACCUUAAGAAACAUUUGGUAACACACUCAUCAGAAAAACCUUUCACCUGCUCUGAGUGCGGAAACACUUUCACGUGUAAAGCAAGCCUUAGGAAGCACAUGUUAAUUCAUGCUGAGACAGAGCCUUUCAGCUGCUCUCAGUGUGGAACGAGUUUUACAAACAAAUCAAGACUUAAGAAGCAUAUGUUGAUUCAUGCUGGGAUAAAGCCGUUCUCCUGCUCUGAGUGUGGAAAGGGUUUAACAAAGAAAUCAGGCCUUAUUAAGCAUAUGUUAAUUCAUACUGGGAUAAAGCCUUUUAACUGCUCUCAGUGUCGAAAGAGUUUUACGUGUAAAGCAAGUCUUAAGAUGCACAUGUUAAUUCAUGCUGGGAUAAAGCCUUUCAGCUGCUCUCAGUGUGAAAACACUUUCAGACAUAAAGCAAGCCUUGAGAAGCACAUGUUUAUUCAUACUGGGAUAAAGCCUUUUACCUGCUCUCAGUGUGGAAAGAGUUUUACGUGUAACGCAAGCCUUAAGAUGCACAUGUUAAUUCAUGCUGGGAAAAAGCCUUUCUCCUGCUCUCAGUGUGGAAAGAGCUUUAGAUCUAAAUCACAGCUUAAGCUGCACAUGUUAAUUCAUACUGGGAAAAAGCCUUACACCUGCACUCAGUGUGGAAAUGGUUUUACACAGAAAUCCAGCCUUAAGGAUCACAUGUUAAUUCAUGCUGGGGAAAAGCCUUUCUCCUGUUCUCAGUGUGGAAAGAGUUUUAGAUGUAAAUCACACCUUAAGCAGCACAUGUUAAUUCAUACUGGGGAAAAGCCUUACACCUGCACUCAGUGUGGAAAGAGUUAUAAACAGAAAACAUGCCUUAAGGAUCACAUGUUAAUUCAUGCUGGGGAAAAGCCUUUCUCCUGCUCUCAAUGUGGAAAGAGUUUUACGUCGAAGCGACAACUUAAGGUUCAUUUGGUAACUCACACUUAAUAAAAGCCUUUCACCUGCUCUCAGGCAUGUUAAAGGGGUCAUCGAAUACCCAUUUUCCACAAGCUUAUAUAAUUCUUUAGGGUCUUAAAGGGGUCAUAUGAUGCGAUUUCAAUUUUUCCUUACUCUUUGGAGUGUUACAAGCUCUUGGUGCAUAAAGAAGAUCAGUAAAGUUGCAAAGACUAAAGUCUUAAAUCCAAAGACUUAACUUAAUAAAAGUUAAGGGUUAACCACAACCCUUUAAAUGGCUCAUUCUACCAUGCCCCCACAUUUCAAUGUCUCUUUGUGGGAAGAAUUGCAUAACACCGCUCAAAAGACAGUCUGGCUCUUCUGACUCACAGCCUGUAGGUACGUUUUUUAUAUUUAAAUAUUUUGCAGUAGAGUAGGCUUGUUGUUUCUCAGAUCACAAAUGCAGACAGUUUUAUGUUUACAUAGCGUGAUACGCAAUGCAAAAAAGACAUAAGUCAUUAUAAUUAGUAAUUAUAUCCCGCUGGAUGCAACAUAUCCCUCGUUUGUAAUGGGUUUUAUUUGUUUUGUCUUGUCUAUCACGAACAAAUGUUUCUAUUUGACCGGAUCUUCUUAGUCAAACCAGACUAAGAAUCUGAAUCCUUUGAAAUGGUUUGCGUCUCCAGUAUGCACUAAUCCACGAAUAGCUUAAGUUAUUUGGUUUAUAAAUGUGACUUAAGGGGGUCACACACUGGACGAGAAGUGCAGGGCCGCUCCGGUCCACGUCUAGGACAACUCGAGAUAUUGCACACCGGACGCUCACAUUCUGUACACUGGAGCUCAAUAUCGAAUCAAGUUCUGAGCAGCAAGAGGAAUGAGUCAUAAUUCAUUUAUUAUUAUUUUAAAUAUUUGGGACAAAUAACAAAGAUUAAUGGUCAAAGAGACACACAGCAUGACCAUCACAUGCAAAUCCAUGAAAAAAAAGCAAGGGAAGACAAGAACCAGACAGAUUCUUUCUAGACCCUUUUUUUUACCUUUUGGUUCUCACAUUCACAGAACUACACAGAGACUAUAUUUUAAAUGAAUAAAUGCAUCAGAGAUAAAUCAAAAUAAUGCUAAACUGACAAAUUAACAGAUAUCCUUCCAAUGCAUAACUCCUUGUGAUGAAUGUAACCAACACAUUCUAAUCACCACUGUUGGGGAAGGUUACUUUUAAAAUUAAUGGAAAUGUAAAUUCACGUUUGUACACUAGAAUAAAGAGGAAGAAAGUUCAACACCAUUCAGCAAUUAAUAAAGAAGAAAUGUUUAUCUUUUCAAAUUUUUGCUUAUUAGUAUGGUUGAAUUGGAUAAUCGAAGAUCAGUGGCAAAUUGGUGAAUGAAAUUGGAUUCAAUUCAUGAAGGAUAUUUGUAUUAUUUGACAUGUUUAUUUAAUACAUGUUUAAUUGAGGGACUGCAGAUGAAAAUUAGACCGAAUGACUAAACCUGACACAUUUACAUGGUGUACUUGUUUGCUCAUGUUGAUUA